AUGCUUCGAUUCUGUGUGUUGUUUCUUGGCCUUCUUUCUGCUUUUUUCUUCCGAGUGCAGGCAGACAGUGUCCCUGCCUCGGUGUUCAUUCUUCCUCUGGAUAAUGGUUCGGCGAACUAUACCUUCGCGCUGAACCUUCCAGCGAAUUCGGAUGAUAUCUACUUUCAUCUCUCUGGCCCUGCCAGCUAUUCCUGGAUAGCUGUCGGUACUGGGAGAGAGAUGAAGGACUCUAUGAUGUUUAUUGUCUACUCGAACGCACAAGGCGAUGGCGUCACUGUCAGCCCCCGACUUUCCUCCGGGGAAACGGAACCGGUUUUCUCGUCCUCGCUGAAUGUAGAUGAACUUCCUGGCACUGGCCUGUCAGACAACACUAUGAUUGUGAAUGGGCGAUGUUCGAACUGUCGGCGGUGGAAGACAGGUUCUCUGGACCUGACUUCUAGGACUCAACCAUGGAUCUACGCGCUGGGGCCGCAUUCUGGGAACAGUGAGCUCCUCAAAAGUGAUUCAAAGACGGCCAGCAUCGAACGUCAUUCUGAGUAUGGGAGAUUCACCAUGGACAUGGUCCUCGCGACAGGAGGCACGGGAGGUCUUCCCACAUCGUUCACGACCGCUGUAGGAUCCUCUGAGGAUGGGAAACCCCAUUACGAUAGCAACUGGCCCAGCAUUCUCCAUGCCCUUGCCAUUUGCGCUGCGUUCGUGCUUCUUAUGCCUACUGGAGUCUUCGUCCUCCGUGUCUUCCCAGCAAGCGUGCGUUGGCACUGGGUGAAUCAGUCCUUGGCUUCGAUACUGGCGAUUGCCGGAGGAAUGCUUGGUGUAUACCUGAGCACGAUGUUCACCAAGUCGCAAUCAUUUGGAUCGUCUCACCAGAUUAUUGGCCUCGUCUGUCUUGCUGCUGUGGUGGUACAGUGGGGCUUGGGAUUCUGGCAUCAUCGACUCUUCAAGAUCAUCAAGCGACCAACUAGAUACGGCCCGAUUCACCGAUACUUCGGUCGGAUUAUCCUCGUGCUCGCCGUUGUGAAUGGUGGGAUCGGUCUGACGUGGUCUUAUGCGUCUACCCGCGUCGUCGUCGGCUAUAUAAUCGUGGUAGUUGUCGUCGGCAUCACGGUUAUCGCCGCCGUUGUGUGGAAGAGAUUCACCUCACGAUCCAGGAAAAAGGAUGGAUUGAUGAGUGAAGGUCUUGGUGGACAAUAUCAAGGUGGCUAUGAUUCGAAUAUUCAUCUGGCAUCGUAUCCGGAGCAGCAAUACAAUGAUCGUUUUCAGUAA